GGCCCGCGGCACCGCGCAGGCGCGGCGGCCAUUUCCGACGCGGCGGUAGGAAAGGGCGCAGGCCCCGCCCCAGGCCGGCCCGCGGCACCGCGCAGGCGCGGCGGCCAUUUCCGACGCGGCGGUGAAGGUUCGGGCGCGGCAGCAGCGCCCGGUUGCUGCCCGCAGGCCGGGCCUCGCCGCCCCCCGCCCGGCGCAGCGAUUCCCUGCGGCGCGCCGCCCGCUGCCGCUUCCCGUGCCCUGUGCCGUCCUGCCGGCUCGCUGCCCGCGGCUCGUCCCCGGCACCAUGUCUCGAAGAUACGACUCCAGAACUACCAUAUUUUCUCCGGAAGGUCGCCUGUACCAGGUGGAGUAUGCCAUGGAGGCCAUCGGCCACGCAGGCACCUGCCUGGGAAUUCUAGCAAACGAUGGAGUUCUGCUGGCAGCAGAGCGGCGCAACAUUCACAAGCUUCUUGAUGAAGUAUUCUUCUCUGAGAAAAUAUACAAACUUAAUGAGGAUAUGGCGUGCAGCGUUGCAGGAAUAACUUCAGAUGCCAAUGUUCUAACCAAUGAGCUGAGACUGAUUGCACAGAGGUAUUUGUUACAGUAUCAAGAGCCCAUUCCUUGUGAACAACUUGUGACAGCACUGUGUGAUAUCAAGCAGGCUUAUACACAGUUUGGAGGAAAACGUCCUUUUGGUGUUUCAUUGCUCUAUAUUGGCUGGGAUAAGCAUUAUGGAUUUCAGCUGUAUCAAAGUGAUCCUAGUGGAAAUUAUGGAGGGUGGAAAGCCACAUGCAUUGGGAAUAAUAGCGCUGCAGCUGUGUCAAUGCUGAAGCAAGACUACAAAGAAGGGGAGAUGACGUUAAAGACUGCCCUGGCUUUGGCCAUUAAGGUUCUAAACAAAACCAUGGAUGUCAGCAAGCUCUCUGCCGAGAAAGUUGAAAUUGCAACACUGACCAGAGAGAACGGAAAGACAGUAAUAAGGGUUCUGAAGCAAAAGGAGGUGGAACAAUUGAUAAAACAACAUGAGGAGGAGGAAGCAAAAGCUGAACGUGAAAAGAAGGAGAAGGAACAAAAAGAGAAGGAUAAAUAGAAUAUGAAAUCAAGCGUUCUCUAGAUAAUAAAGGACCUGCUUCAGCAAAAGAUAAUCUGCAUUUCUGUGCUGUAGAAGCCUGCAGCUAUGCAUGGAGGACCCAGAAGUACUUUUGAUGAACCAGGUCCUUAGUCAUCAUUUAGAUAAUUAGUUUACUGCUCCUUACAUUGACCAAUAAUUGCUUUAAUUCUUGAACACUCUUUCUUUCAUCUUCUAUUUUUUAUUAUGGAAUAAAAUUUAAGAAGAAUA